AUGGGUUUUCCGACAUCCCCCGAAGGGGACAUUUACAGCUAUGGGAUUAUCGUCUUGGAGAUGAUCACCGGAAAGAGACCGACAGAUGAUCUGUUCGACGAUGGGAUAAGCCUUCAUAGUUUAUGUAAGAAGGCAUUGCCUGAACAAUUGGAGGAGAUUUUAGAUUCUCGAUUGCUUGAACAAAUCAACGAGGAAAGUCAGAAAACAAGAGAUCAGAACAUGUUGGACUGUUUGGUUUGGUUCACUAAGGUCGGAGUUGCAUGCUCUGUUGAAGUUCCUGACAAGAGAAUGAAGAUUGAGGAUGUUGUCACUGAAUUGCAUGCAAUUAAGGCAACACUGCAUCAAAUCCAGGUUUAAUUUAGUGU